GAUAGGGGAUAGGUGGGUCACGAGCUGGAGUGCUGAAGACUCCAGACAAGGAUGUCGCAAGAUGUACCUUAUAACAGGAGACAUGUCUCGGCCGCGCUCGUACCGCGUUUUACCGCAAGCGAAAACUUCAAAGUUCUUGACAGGGGAUGAGAACGAAACACUGGCAAGUGCAUGUACAGACAGGGAAUGGCAGAUCUUAGCACUUGGAGUGGCAGAAGUGUACAAGUCAGGCUCCAGUGACAGGCACGAUACAUGGAGUCGGGCGCACAGUGGUGUUGUAUGUUUUAUCAAAGAUUGUGCUGCGAAAGCGUUCCUCAUCACGGUGUUCGAUUUUAACAGAAAUGAUUUUGUUUGGGAGCAGAAGCUUUUUUCCGGGUUCUCAUACAAAGCGCCGCUAAGUUAUUUUCACAUUUUUGAAGCUGACGAUUGCGAAGCGGGCCUUAAAUUUGCAUAUGAGGCAGAAGCUCGAAGCUUUCAUGCUUCUGUUGAGGAAAAACUGGAGUCAAGACGACGGAAACGAGAAGAAUGGAAACCAAAUCAGAGUACUGCGCCAUCUUUAGUGCAUAAGCAUGACCCUCAGAUUCCUUGCAGUGCAAAUGGCAUUUCCAGCCAGUAUCUUUCUAAAAAGCGAAAGCACAGAAAGAAAAGAAUGGAGCGAAGGGUUGCCAAGGAUGACAUUAGUUCACCCAUGGACUUCAAGCAUGUUCAACACGUGGGAUGGGAUCCCACCAAAGGAUUUGAUCUCCACAAUGUGGUCGACGUGGAGCUGAACAAUUUCUUCAAACUAGCCAAUGUUUCUGCGAAAGACCUUGAGGAUGCCUCAACACGAAAGUUUAUCUAUGAUUUCAUAGAAAAGAACGGAGUCAUCAAGGCCCUCAAGGACGCCUCAAAUCCAUCGGCGCCACCACAAGUUCAAAACAGAGAAGUAACCCCAUCGUCUGGAAGUUACCCGGCCACUCCAAGCAGUAGACCUCCACGACCAACACCGCGAAGACAAAAAGUGCCAUCAAGGCAACAACAGCCCAGUGUGCCAAUCAGUAAUGGUACAGUAAUGGGCAGUCCACCUCCACCGCCACCUCAACCUCCUCCCCUGGACUUUGGUGCCUCACGGAUGAAUGGAGGUGCCCCAGCAUCAUCACCGCCACCAUCGCCGCCCCCUGGACUGCCUGGUGAUGGGGAUGAUUCGAGGUCUGCUCUCUUGGACCAGACACGCAGGGAAAAGGCACUCAACGAUUGCGAAGCAGACCUUAACUUUGGAUAUGAAGCAGAAGCUCGAAGCUUUCAUGCUUCUGUUGAGGAAAAACUGGAGUCAAGACGACGGAAACGAGAAGUUUCAGAAAGGAAACCAAAUCAGAGUACUGCGCCAUCUUUAGUGCCUAAGCAUGACCCUCAGAUCCCUUCCAGCGCAAAUGGCAUUUCCAACCAGUACCUUUCUAAAAAGCAAAGCCGCAGAAAGAAGAAAAUAGAGCGAAGGGUUGCCAGGGAUGACAUUAGUUCACCCAUGGACUUCAAGCACGUUCAACACGUGGGAUGGGAUCCUACCAAAGGAUUUGAUCUCCACAAUGUGGUCGACACGAAGCUGAGCGAUUUCUUCAAACUAGCCAACGUCUCUGCGAAAGACCUUGAAGAUGACUCAACACGAAAGUUUAUCUAUGACUUCAUAGAAAAGACCGGAGUCAUCAAUGUCCUCAAGGACGCCUCAAAUCCGUUAGUGUAGAGAUUGUACGUGUGGUGAAUGCCAUUGCUUGUGUGCCACCCCAUCCAACCCUGUGUAGGAACUUUGUUGCUACAGUUGUAUUCACCCAGACCGCGGAAGCGCUUGGGAGAAGCAAAAGGUUUCUCGUUUCAUGAUCACGAAGCAAGGGAGCCAAGGAUGAAAGAAAAGGAGAGGGGAGAACCACGUAAAGCUCAGCUUUUAAUACAGUGUGGGACAGGCGUGCUGUAGCCCCACGAUAACAAAACUAUUUCCAACAUUUCUAUUCAUAUUCUUGUUCAUUCCUCUAUUCAUAUACAAAUAAAAAUGUACCAUGA